GGGGCCAUUGUUGCUUUUAAUAAUCUCCCACUGUCAGAACUCAGACGAGUGAGUGAGAUUUAAUAAAUGGUGUAGUAGAAGUACUAUAAAUUUAAAGGAAUCGAAUCCAUUGAACUUCAAAAAUCCUAACAGUAACACCAUUUACUAGGUUUAACUAUUUUCCAACGGCCAUUCCCAAAUUCUCAUCGCCUUGAGCCCCAAACCUAAGUUUAGCUAAACAUUAAAGCCCACUAUUUUUUCCUUUCUUGCUAAAGCUCAUCUGCAGUUUCUGUCGCCUUACUCCUCUUCCUGUAUAAAUUCAAACCUAGAAGAAUUUCAAUGGCAAACAAGUCUCCCAUAUUUCCUAUGCCUGAGCCUCAACACUUCAGCGACUAUGGCUUUGACCCACAAAUCGACUACUUUCAGUUCUUGGAAGAAGCAAGAAAGCACAAGAAAGAAACGGCGAGGUCUAUAGACUCGUUGCAUUUCAAACUCUCAAAACCCAUUUCGAAAGACGAAACUAACAGAAAGAACCACAAGACGAAGAAGAAGCGUUGGUGGAGAAAGGCAUUUUUAUUCUUCAAAUGGAAGUGGAUCCACAGCAACGACCAUGACGAUCUUGCUAAUGAAGAUGUACAUAAAGCUAGAGCUAGAGCAUUCAGGGCAUCAAUAUCGGGUCCUGUGUACAUAACUGAAAGCAGAAGCGGGUCAAAUACUCCGUACAGGACCACUAGUCGUCCGUCAUCGGGUCCGCUCGCCGGAACUCUAACUCCAACUAGGAAAGGAGAUUUGGAUAUACCGUAUUUGAGUCUAAGAGAGCUAAACAUGGAGCAGCAAGAACAACAGAGGAUGUCCACUUCUGCUAUGCCAAUAUAUUUGGUUACUUAAAUUUUUUUGAGCUGUGGUCUGAUCAGCUUUUGUUUUUAGGAUUUCACUGACCAGUGACUGCUCACUUGUGGGUUUGGAUAUGGGUGUGAUUUUCUGUUUUGGGUUUUAACCAUUAUUACAAUUGUCAUCUUGGGUUAUCCCCUUUUUCUGAAUCUUUUUCAGGUAAUUGUGCAAACUGCAAAAGGUAUUUGAUCCUUUUGUAAGAUUGUUGGAUUGGAUGAGAUACUUCCCUCUUUUUUACA